UCUGAAUCUCAUUAGAGAUAGCAGAAAAAGAUAUAUGUCUCUUCAGAUUUCAGCAAUUCCAUCUUCUCCUGCAGCCCAAGAAACAAGCCAUGUGGUUGAACGCCGGUCAGCAAACUUUCACCCAAGCAUAUGGGGGGAUUACUUCCUCAAAUAUGCCUCUCGCUCCUACUCAAUGGAAUAUGGCCAUGAUCAGCAGGCGGAGCAAGAAAUCCAGAAGCUGAAGGGCGAGGUGAAGAGGAUGCUACACGUUGAUGCAGACAAGCAGUCCCUGAAACUGGACAUGAUCGAUCAAAUACAACGAUUAGGCAUCGCAUACCACUUCGCGAGCGAGAUUGAUCACGUGUUGAAACGACUUAAUGAGACAUGUUUUCUUCGCAACGAUGGAGAUCAGGAUAUCGACGACCUCUUCACGGCCGCUCUCCUCUUCCGAUUGUUGCGACAACAAGGCUACCAAAUUUCGGUGAACAUCUUUAACAAGUUCAAGGACACCAGUGGAGAGUUCAGUGAGAAACAUGCAAGUGACGUACGGGGAUUACUAAGUUUGUAUGAAGCUAGCCAUCUGAGUGUGCAUGGAGAAGAUGUUCUUGAUCAAGCGCUUUCUUUCAGUUUAACCCAUCUUGAAUCCAUUAAGGAGCAACUAAGCCCUCCUCUCGCAACACAAGUCCAUCAUGCCUUAGAGCAAACAAUUCGUCGAGGGGUGCCGAGGCUCGAGGCCAGACGAUACAUCUCCAUGUACGAAGCAGAACCUUCACAUAACGAAGUCCUGCUAUCACUAGCCAAGUUAGAUUUCAACCAUUUGCAAAGGCAACACCAGAAGGAGUUAGUUGAUCUUGCAAGGUGGUGGAUGGGUUUAGACUUCAAGAGGAAGUUACCAUUUGCAAGAGACAGGCUCGUGGAAGGAUACUUUUGGAUUUUAGGAGUUCAUUUUGAGCCCGAAUUAGUGCUUGUUAGAAGAAUGAUGACCAAAAUGAUCGCAGUGACUUCAGUUCCUGAUGACAUAUAUGAUAUCUACGGCACCUAUGAAGAGCUAGAGCUCUUUACUCAAGCAAUUCAAAGGUGGGACAUUGAUUGCAUAAAUGAACUUCCAGAGUACAUGCAAGUGUUUUACAAAGCACUGAUCGAUAUCUACGUCGAAAUUAGAGGUGUUAAAAUGGGAGCUUCUUCGAGCUACGCCAAAGCAUCGAGCUUAGGCACGAGACCAUCCUCUUUGGUGAACACGAUCAUCGCCAGUGCCGGUGCUCUCAGUUGCGGAAAAGGCUCUAUCUAG